GUCUGUAGAGGGCGCUCCUUCGCUCCUCCCUGGUGGGCGCGUGACGUCACGGAGAGGGCUGUCAUGGCGGCUGUGGUCAGGCUUCUCAACAGAGGGGUUUUAAGCUCAGCGAUGGGUCAACAUUACCUGGCGUUGAGCACCGCAGCGAAGGUUCAAGCGAGUGGCUUAAAAGCGGGCCACGCGCUCCCAGAGAAGGUGAAGAUCGUGGAGGUGGGACCCAGAGAUGGACUUCAAAACGAGAAGAGCAUCGUCCCUACAGAGGCUAAAAUUCAUUUGAUUGACAUGCUGUCAGAGUCAGGCCUGCAAGUCAUCGAGGCCACCAGCUUUGUUUCUCCGAAGUGGGUCCCUCAGAUGGCUGACCAGGUGGAGGUGAUGAAAGGGAUUCAAAGGAAACCAGGAGUGACUUAUCCAGUCCUCACGCCCAAUCUCAAGGGUUUCCAGGCUGCUGUAAAGGCAGGAGCGUCUGAAGUCGCCAUAUUUGGUGCUGCAUCAGAGCUGUUCAGUAAGAAGAACAUAAACUGCUCAGUGGAUGAGAGUUUACAACGCUUUGACGAAGUCAUGAAAGCAGCGAAGGAGGCCGCUGUGCCAGUUAGAGGUUAUGUCUCGUGCGUCGUCGGAUGCCCAUAUGAAGGCAAGGUGGCACCUGAGAAAGUUGCACAUGUGGCUAAGCGUCUGUACGCCAUGGGCUGCUAUGAGAUCUCCCUGGGCGACACUAUCGGGGUCGGGACUCCUGGUAGCAUGGUGGACAUGCUUGAGGCUGUGACCAGAGAGGUGCCAGUCAGCGCUCUGGCAGUGCACUGCCAUGACACCUACGGCCAGGCUUUGGCUAACAUCCUCGUCGCCUUGCAGAUGGGUAUCAGCGUGGUGGACUCGUCUGUAGCCGGACUGGGGGGCUGUCCGUACGCUCAGGGGGCUUCUGGAAACGUUGCGACCGAAGACGUUGUUUACAUGCUGCACGGACUUGGAAUUCAGACGGGGGUGGAGCUCUCAAAGCUGAUGGACGCUGGAGCUUUCAUCUGUCGGACUCUCAACAGGAAGAGCAGCUCCAAAGUGGCACAGGCCACCUGCAAACUGUAGAAAGCACACUCGCUCUCACUAUUGUGCAGACUCAUCGUCAUCUUCGGAGUGAUGUCACGACUGCUCGUAAUGAAUCCAAAAAUGACCACACUGGACGGUGCCUUACAGGAAGUCACGAAGAAUCAAGUUUGAAUAAUUGUUUAAGAACUUGAUUCAUAGCAGUUAGUAAGAUAUGUAAAAUGAACUUUUUGUUGUGUUAAA